UUCCACCUCCUUCUCCCUCCCCUUUUCCUUUUCCCCUCCCUUUCCUUUUUGUCCCUCUCUCUCCUGCGACUGUGGCUUCAUCACCUAUUCGAAUCCCUUCGAUUCCCCAAAUUCCAUUCGAUUAAUCCCGAUCCCCCCUCUUUAAUCGCACCAACUCGCCUUUUGCCACCAGUUUUCUCGAUUUUUUUGGACAUUUUUAUAGCUUAGAUGGAGGUGUAUGUAGAAUCUCGAUGAACAUUGCUUAAGUGAGAGCGAGAGAAUCGGCCCCAUAGACGAUCAGAGCCGAGGAGUUAGAAAAUACGUGCUUUUCACGACUAUUUCGAUCCGUCGGAGCUUCGUUUCAUGAUUUCUGAGAGGUUAGGUAGGGUUUUUGAGCUUUGAUGAGGAUUGGGUGUGAAAAAGAGGGAGAAAUCGCAGCUUUACCAUGUAUCUCUCUAAGCUGGAUGACUCUCCAAUGUUUCGGAAACAGAUUCAAUCACUUGAAGAAAGUGCUGAGUCACUACGAGAAAGAUGUUUAAAGUUUUACAAAGGCAGUCGCAAGUACACGGAAGGACUUGGUGAGGGAUAUGAUGGGGAUAUUGCUUUUGCAAGUGCUCUAGAGGCAUUUGGAGGAGGGCACAAUGACCCCAUUAGUGUUGCUUUUGGAGGACCUGUUAUGACCAAGUUUACAAUUGCCUUGAGAGAAAUAGGAACAUAUAAAGAAGUCCUGCGGUCCCAGAUUGAGCACGUGCUAAAUGACAGACUGCUGGAAUUUGUAGACAUAGAUUUGCAUGAUAUUAAGGAUAUACGCAAGCGCUUUGACAAGGCUAGCAUUCACUAUGACCAGGCUCGUGAGAAGUAUCUAUCGUUGAGGAAAGGCACAAAAGUGGAUGUAACAACUGUCCUGGAGGAAGAACUCCACAGUGCUAGAUCGUCAUUUGAGCAGGCUCGUUUUGAUCUGGUUACUGCUCUUUCAAACAUUGAGGCAAAGAAGAGAUUUGAAUUUUUGGAGGCUGUUAGUGGAACAAUGGAUGCUCAUCUUCGUUACUUCAAACAGGGUUUUGAGCUGCUGCACCAGAUGGAGCCAUAUAUCCACCAGGUUCUGGCAUAUGCACAGCAAUCGAGAGAACGGUCUAACUAUGAGCAGGCUGCUCUCACAGAGAGAAUGCAAGAGUUCAAAAGACAGAUUGAUCUAGAAAGUAGGCGGCCUUCAAAUGGGUCACAUGAUUCUCCUAAUGGUGAUGGUAUACAAGCUAUUGGUAGAAGUUCUCACAAAAUGAUAGAGGCAGUGAUGCAGUCGGCUUCAAAAGGAAAGGUUCAAACCAUCCGACAAGGUUAUCUUUCAAAGCGUUCAUCAAAUUUAAGAGGUGAUUGGAAGAGAAGAUUUUUUGUCCUUGAUAGUCGGGGGAUGUUGUACUACUAUCGCAAGCAAUAUAGCAAGCCAUCUGCUGGGAGUCACUCUACUCUAAAAGGCCAUAAUUCCUCUGAACAUAGUUCUGGAUUGCUGGGCCGAUUGUUUUCUCCACACAAUCAUGGUGCAAAUGAUGAUAAAUCAGUUGCACGUCAUACUGUAAAUUUGCUUACAGCAACUAUAAAAGUUGAUGAAGAUCAGUCGGAUCUGAGGUUCUGCUUCAGGAUUAUUUCACCAACAAAGAAUUACACUCUUCAGGCAGAAAGUGCUACAGACCAGAUGGAUUGGAUCGAAAAAAUAACCGGCGUUAUUGCUUCAUUGCUGAGCUGUCAGUCUCCUGAAAAGCACCUUCUUGCCAGCUCUAAGGGUAGUGGCCAUCACUAUGCCUGCAGCGAGAGCAGUUCAUUCGGUAGUUCAUCUGAUCUCGAUCAUUCCGCGAUCGAUGAACUGACACUGGAAAAGAGUUGUGGAAGUGGGCAUCUUGAGCGUUCUCUUAGAGGCUCGCAACAGCACAGGAUAAAUUCAAGACAAGAGAAACCAAUUGACUUGCUAAGAAAAGUAAGUGGAAAUGACACUUGUGCUGAUUGUUGUGCUUCUGAACCUGACUGGGCUUCAUUAAAUCUUGGGGUUCUUGUGUGCAUUGAGUGCUCCGGGGUUCAUCGCAACCUUGGUGUUCACAUUUCGAAGGUAAGAUCUCUGACACUGGAUGUCAGAGUUUGGGAGCCUUCUGUAAUCAAUCUGUUUCAAUCUCUAGGUAAUACAUUCGCCAACUCCAUCUGGGAGGAUUUGUUACCAGCAUCAAUUGAUAAGAUAUGCGACGAAACUCCUAGGGCGUGUAAACUUGAGAAUAAGCAACAGAACAGAAAAAUCAGCAAGCCCAAACACUCGGAUCCUAUUACAGUGAAGGAGAAGUUUAUUCAAGCAAAGUAUGCAGAAAAGGACUUUGUCUGCAAAGAGAAGCCAAACCAAAAUAACUUUUCAAUAGCACAGCAGAUGUGGGAGAGUGUGUGUGCCAAUGACAAGAAAUCGGUAUACAAGCUCAUAGUUGCUUCGGAUGCUGAUGUAAACCUCUUAUAUGAACGUCCAUCGUCCAGCAUUUCUUUGACUCUCUCAAAAGCAAUUCUACAAGACGAAGCAACUGCUUCACUGGCUCGAAGUUCUAGUUGUUUGAUUGAUGAGUCCUUCAGUGAUGUGGGUGAGUUGGAUGAAUGCUUCGAGGGUUUCUCGCUGCUCCAUCUUGCAUGUAGAACUGCAGAUAUGGGCAUGGUGGAGCUCCUAUUACAAUAUGGUGCCAAUGUAAAUGCUACUGACUCAGAGGGGAGGACUCCGCUUCAUCACUCUGUUCUCAAAGGCAGACAUUUGCUUGCUAAGCUACUACUUGCGAGGGGAGCUAAUCCGCACGCUGCUGAUCUGGAUGGUAAAACUCCAUUAAGUUAUGCCGUGGAAUCUGGAACGAUUGAUGAUGAAGAUAUACUCGUUCUAUUAGAAGACCCCAACAGAUAGAAAUUUAAAAAUCUUUGAGCUUCAUUUUUUUUAGUCAGAUGAGCCCUCCUUGUUCUUUUAGCUUGUCGGAAAAGCUUACGGCUUAUCGCAGUGCUCAACAAGGUUAACUGUUUCUACUAAUUCUGGGGCUUAAAAACCGGCUUAUGGUUCUGCGGAUCCUGUGUUGUGAGAUUUUCUGCUUAUUUAUUAAACUUGUUUUUGUUUGCUUUUUAGUGAGAUUUGUAUAUCGCCGCUGCGUCUGUUUAUCUCGUAAGCCUUUUUAAGUUGUCAAUCGGUCAACAUUGAUUGAGAUGCCCUUUUGAUUGAGGGUGUAUGUACAUAUACCUUUGUGACUGUAGAAGUAACUAGUUUGACCAAAAAAGAUGCCAUAUUAAUUGCACCGAA